AGAAAAUCUCCCGUUGGUCAUGUUUACGUUCCUAUCGGUGUAGUCGACCUCUAAGCCGAGCCGGUUCAGUAAGAUGAUGUGAAUCCCAAGAAGCCAAAAACAUGAUAAUGAGUUCGCUCGUAGCUUUAGUCGCUUGAUGACUGUUCACCAAGUCUGGUUGAAACAGAAAAACGUUCAAAAUGUUUGGAGCAAUUUCAAAUUUCCUGAAAAUCGUUUUGAUUGUGAUAUUUUAUCAGUUGUGUUGCACUCAUGCUCAAUCCAAGUAUCAAAUCGCUCCAUAUGAGAGCAAUUGGUUCGAGGCAUCCGAAUACUGCCACCGGAUGGGCAUGCGGUUGGCCAUAGUUGAUUCGGAAGAAAAGCACAAUGCCAUAGUAAAGGAGGCCAAGCCCGCGGCGAAACUUCACUCUUCUGGAUUUUUCGGUGUCUGGCUCGGAGCUACCGAUUUGGCACGGUCGGAUAAUUUCAUCUGGCACAAUACCGGAGCAAGGCUUCGUUACGCACGCUGGGGUGAAGGCGAACCUAGCGGAGGCGACGAUCACUGUGUGGUGCUGUACUACUGGCCCAAGCAGGGAUCCAGCUGGGCGUGGUAUGAUGCACCUUGCUGUACGGAGCUAUACGCUAUCUGCGAAAACUACGAAAAGACGGCUGGCAUCCAAGAGUUUUAAAUCGACGCAUGUUUUCUUGGAAGAGUGAUGUAAUGCAAUCAAUAUUUUACUAGCAAAUUUCGAAAACUCAA